UUGCUGAGGCCCCAAGAACAUACCUGAGAUCACAGCUGUUGGUGCUGAAGCCCAGACUUGAACCCCAGUCCUAAAACUCUGAUAUUGAUGCUACUGGGCCAGACCUUCCAAAGCUGGGCUUCUGUCUCAGGCUCAGAGCUGUGCUUCUGUUCUUUCUACGCAUGGUUUCCAGCCCUUACAACAGUCCAUGCAACAAAAGGAGCCUCAUCUGGAUAACAGGACUGGGGAUGCAAAGAUACAUCCCUGGCCAGAAGGCACAGUCGGAUCGCCCAGGGGACCGUCUCCUGUGUUAUUUCUGGACUACCUCGGGGGUAGUAUUUUGUUAGAGCAGCCCGAGCAGACAAGACAGCCAUCCGGGGUAGGAAAAGUGCCACUCAGUGAGGCUCCGAAUCCUUACAUUGUCUGCUGGACAGAGCGCAGCAGGACCACUCCCCCCGCACUUCAUGUCUGUCCAUGAAGCCUCUAAUUCAACUAAAGAUGUCGCUAAACUUCACCUUAAUUUAAAACGCGUAAGUGAACGUCCACUAAGUAAAGAGACUAGUAGAAGAGGCAAGGAGCAGCAAAAUCCAGUACUUUUCUCUCAAAAACUUGGAAUCUGAAAGAUGGUCCAGAUGAAGCUAAUUUUGCUUGUGUGAUUACAGAACUAAGAUGCCGAUGACCAGAGAGGCUCUGCUGUGCUCUGGUGAGAACAGCAGGCAGAGAGGCCCUGACUUCAUCUUGCAUGCUUCCCAGCUGUGUGGCCUUGGCCUGGUAGAGGAGUUGAGGACCCCAACCCGGGAGUUCGCUGUCAGGGACAGGAAUGCAGAUCAGCCGUGUAGGGACAGCUACAGUUUGACAAGCAUGAGAGCAGAAACCUCAGGAAAGGAUAGAAUCAUAUUCGUGACCAAAGAAGACCAUGAAACUCCAAGCAACGCAGAGCUGGUGGCUGAUGACCCCAACGACCCAUACGAGGAGCACGGAUUGAUCCUGCCAAACGGAGACAUUAACUGGAACUGCCCGUGCCUUGGGGGAAUGGCCAGUGGCCCCUGUGGGGAACAGUUCAAGUCGGCUUUCUCCUGCUUCCACUAUAGCACAGAGGAUGUCAAGGGGUCAGACUGUGUAGACCAGUUCCGGGCCAUGCAGGAAUGCAUGCAGAAAUACCCCGACCUCUAUCCCCAGGAGGAUGAGGAGGAGGAGGAAGAGGAAAAGAAGAAGCCAGCAGAACGUUUAGAAGAGACAGCUCCCACUGAGGCCACCGCAACCAAAGAAGAGGAGGGGUCAAGCUAAUGAAGGCCACAGUCAGAGUGAUAUGAACCUUCGUCAGAUGCCUUUUGGUCAUUUCUGAGAGAGUGUCUUUCCCUCUGUUGUUCUGUGCACUAUAAUGUACAAAAUAACUUAUUUUGAUGAUCAGGGGUCCUGGUCUUUUGACAUAUACACUGGAAAAAAUGUAUGUGUGUCUCACAUGAACCUAUCAGCAAAUGUAGCUGUCAUUUUUGAAGUCUCAGAUUAUUCUGAAUUUUGUUUCUUUGAAAUAAUGUGCUGACUAUGCUCAGCAACUAAAAAUCAUUAUCUGGGAGUGACUUGUGCGUGAGCUGAUUUAUUCUGAUUGAUUAUAUUCCCUUUUAGAUUUUAUACUGCUGUGAGAAAUGAAAUAAAAACAAACCCAUCUUCCUUUAAAAAUGCUGGAGUGGGGCCAUUCCCAAUACAAGGCCAGAUGAUCAGAUAGUUAUUUCUCAUGAACCAUCUUGAUCUUGAGUAUAUGAGAAGGUACUAUAUUUCAUUUCUGAUGCAUUUUGGUUUCCAUUUUCACUUUGCGCUCCAGAUUUCCCGUGUUUGGAAAUUGGAGCUUUGGACCCUCUGAUUCAGUCCUUUCUAAGUGAAGAGAAAGGCUGGCUUUGCUGCUGCUGUUCUUCCACACGCCCUGGCUUGGGGCCGGUGUUCACACUGGCUCUGUGCCAGCCUGUUCAAUGCAGUGUUCUUGCGAGGUGGGGACCUAAUCAUUACCUAAGUAGCAGCCAAGAGAAGAAACAGUGUGAGUUAAGUAGUCAAUUAAAAGGAAAACAUGAUUUUUA